AUGACGGGUGAAUCAUCCAUCCCGAUAGGAGAUGUCCUUCGACCGAAAAUAACCCGUAGAGUGGGCUGCUGGAACGUGCGGACCCUCUACCAAACAGGAAAACUAGCACAAGUGGUGAGAGAAAUGGAGCAUUACAAGAUCGAGCUCCUAGGAGUUAGUGAAGCCAGAUGGACAGGUAGUGGAUCAAAACAACUAGUAUCAGGACAUCAGAUACUCUACUCUGGAAGAACCGACGACCAUCAUUGCAAAGGAGUAGCCAUUAUUACAACAAAGGAGGUCCACAGAAGUCUUUUAGAAUGGAAACCUGUGAGUGAGCGAAUAAUAACAGCAAGGUACAACUCAGCCUUUGCCAAAUUGACUGCUGUGGUUUGCUAUGCACCAAUAGAUGAUGGAGAAGAUGAAGAGAAAAUAUCUUUCUAUGACAGCCUACAAAAUGUAGUAGACGACACACCAUCUCAUGAUGUUCUGCUUAUCCUUGGGGACUUAAAUGCUAAAGUUGGAAAAUGCAACCAAGAUAAAACAUGGAAAAUAGUAGAAGAACGAAAAGAGAAGAAAAUAAAAUCUUGUCCACAAAAUCCAAGAGGCAAAAGGACCAACUCCAGGCAGAAUAUUGGAGUAAAGAGGAGUGCAAGAGCUGACAGAAAGGCAUACACUGAAAAGCUAGCUUAUGAGGCAGAACAAGCAGCUUCUAAACAAGACAUGCAGACCCUCUAUCGAAUUACAAAAACAUUAGCAGGCAAAUUUCAGUCAUCAGAGCUACCAAUUAAAGACAAACAGGGAAAUGUACUAUCAAAAGAAGAAAUCAUACUGAAAUGCUGGAAGGAACAUUUUGAAGAAGUAUUUAAUAUGAAAGACCCAGAGAACGAGGCAAUAAUAAUACCAGCCACGGACACAUUAGAUAUUGAUACUGAUCCACCAAGUAUAGAAGAGGUAAAAAAGGCAAUCACCAAACUUAAAACUGGAAAAGCUGCAGGCAUUGAUCAGAUACAUGCAGAGCUUCUCAAGGCCAAAGAAUACUGGACACCUACAAUUUUGACAAAUAUCCUACAGAUGAUCUGGGAAUCAGAAGAAACACCAUCCUUCUGGAAAACCGGCCUUAUAGUUAAAUUACCAAAGAAAUGA